AUGCCCUCCCAAUCAGCACUCUCAGCAGACGAAAAGUCUAGAGUAAAAUCUACUUUAGAGAAUUCCACGCAAAAGAUAAUCACCGCUACCGCUGCUCGUAUCUACUUUGCACAUCCACAACCAAACAAGUGGUCGUAUGGUGGCUUGCAAGGUGCACUCGCUUUCACGCGAGAUAACUCCAGAGACGCCUUCAUGUUGAGACUGGUUGAUUUAACGGGGACGAGGGGCGUCAUAUGGGAACACGAACUAUAUGAAGCGUUCGAGUAUAACCAGGACAGGCCGUUCUUCCAUUCAUUCGCGGGCGAUAAAUGCAUGAUUGGCUUUGUCUUUGCUGAUGAGAAAGAUGCACAAACUUUCUACAAGAAAGUAAACACCCGUAAAGCAGAGAAAGUUAAAUCUUCCUCCUCAGAGAAGAAGAAAUCUGCCAAGGGUGGUAGAAUAGAUAAGUCUAUGAUUUCAGGUCCAGCCGCUGGUUCCUUCGUGCAUGUUGCACACAUGGGCUAUGAUCCUGAGAAGGGUUUCAACUCCACUAACAUUGAUCCAUCAUGGACCGCCUUUCUGAGCGAGCUGGAGGGUUCAGGCGUUAGUCGCGAGGUCAUCAACCAGGACAUGGAUUUCAUAAAAGACUUUCUCCGUGAUGCACAAAAUAGACCCCAGCCUGCUGUCAAGAAGAAGUCACCGCCGCCCUUACCUGCGCCUAGAAAUAGGGGGCACACGCAACAGGAUAGUGUUGCAUCAUCAGUCAAUGGCGAUUCUGCACCUGCUCUCCAUACUCCUCCGCCACCAUUACGUCCAGUCUCUGCUGCGCCAUCUCUUCCCGCUGUUGCAGCACCCCCGCGUCCCACCUGGGCUGCUCCACCGCCCCCGCCACAACCACCACAACGAGCCCCUCCUGUACCCGUGCCACAACCAGUAAGAUCUUCAGGACCACCUCUACCGCCAGUUCGUCCUACGAGUGCUGCUCUCCCGCCUCCGCCUCCUGUACGACAACCAGUUAGUGCUACUGCUACACGACCACCAGUCAGUGCUCCUCCUGCACGACCACCAGUCAAUGCCUCGCCACCCCCUCCACCUCCAUAUGAGGAGGAUCCUCAUCCUCAUCCGCAUCCUCCCCCUCCUCCUCCUCCUCCUCCUCCUCCUCCUCCUCCUCCCCCUCCACCACCAGCCGCCGCCGCCGCCGCCUCUGCUAGCCUUCAUCUGGGAAUGCUCCUCCACCCCCUCCGCCCCCUCCGCCCCCUCCGCCCCUCCUCCGCCUGCAGGAACGGCACCGUCGCCGCCUCCCCUCCACCUCCACCUCCACCACUCUCAAAUGGGGAAGGAAGCACAAUGGCAUUACCCACUUCCCCACAGCCUGGUCGCGCGGACCUACUCGCAUCCAUUCGUGGACAGGGUGUGUCAAAUUUACGGAAGACAGGUGGUCCUCAGUCAACACCCUCUCCUCCUCCCACAUCUGGUGCUGAAGAAUCUGGUGGUGGUGGCGCAGGCGGCAAUCUGACCGCCGCGUUAGCUGCUGCUUUGCUAGAAAGGAACAAGAGGCUUGGUGAUAGUGAUGAAGAGGACGAGGAUGACGACGACUGGGACUAA